AUGCUCUCCAAGAACGUCCUCGCAACCCUCUCCCUUGCGCUCGCCAGCGGAGUCAUGGCCAAUCCUCCUCAUGGUCAACCUGCGUGCUGCUCAAACAGUAAAGGAAUUUGCGCUUCCGGUAGGUUGCCGCCAGCUAGGUCCAUUCUCCAAAGAGAUGAAACACAGCUAACUAUCUGGCCAUGGUAUAGUCUUGUGCACUACUACAGUGGGCCCACUGGACCCAGCAGGGCCAACGAAGGAAACGUCCCAGGAGGUGGGGCGACAGCCAUAUUCAGUGCGCGCGUUUUAUUAUCUCUGUGCUGGGUACCCGUCUUGCACUCUCUACCAGGAGCCUAG